GCGAAUUAACGGAACUUUUGUUUGCAUGUUGCUCGCGUAGCCUAUUUGUGCAUGUUUUGUGUUUUUUUUUUGUUUAAUUCAACCAAAGCGCAAUUACGCUGUCGAAAUGAAUUUGCAACUUCUAGAUCGGCAGCUGUCCGAGAUGGGCACCAAGUCGGAUUUCUGGCUAAAGCAAGCGGUAACGUUCAAGCUAGCGCAGCCAGAACCAAAAAACGGAACAGAUGCCUCUGAAAAUAUUCAUCGUUUCAAGCAUGAGAGGUCGGCAGCCGAUCUGCCUGACUACAAGCCGAGUGAGAAAAUGUUGCAUGCUCUGGCGAACAAUUUCACCGACGCAGAGUUGAUAGAUAAGGACGCCAUCUUUGAGCAUUAUUUGAGUACCGAAAAGUUGGAGUUUUACAAUGCGUCCUCGGUGAUGUUGAAGCUGCUCACCAUCGAGGAUGUGAGCACCAUGAAGCUGUACUCGCAGCUCAUCGAGCCGAAUGUGGUGAUUCACAAGACAAAAGGAAAUAUGUUUAAAGCCGCUCUCACCUCUAGCGCUUCUGUUAAUGCCGAGGAAGUGGUGUCCCCGGGAAUCGAUGAGGUUGUCUUGAUACCCAAGCGUAGUUUAAUUUCCUCGCCACUGCCAAAAGAACUCAUAUUGGCACUGAUUCCCCACCCGCAUGAGAUAUUGCCGCUCCAAAAUCCGACGCGCCGCUUUGUGGCCAGUGUGGAGCAGGUCUCCCGCACCAGUGUUCACUUCAAGUUCGGUCAUAGAGGCAUUCCGGACGACAUUGAAUGGCUGUCGCAACGCUAUCAUGUCAUCCUCCGCUCCACGCGUAUCCCGAUUCGUUGCAUGUACCGCGCUCUGAACAAGCUCACGGAGAUGCCAGGACUCCGUCGUUAUCUGUUUCCCUUUCCAGAUUGGCUAACCACAAUGAUAGCAACCUCGCAGAUUGAAUUGCAUGACUGCAAGCUUCCCACUUGGAUGCAGAUCGGACCGACGCCACCGCCGGCCCCUCCAGCAGAGAUUUGCCUGCUGAACAGGACCAUCAGCGACAACAAAGAACAAUUGGAUGCGGUGCGGAGGAUUGUGGCCGGACCCAGUUCCAAAGCUCCAUUUAUAGUGUUUGGACCACCAGGCACUGGCAAGACCACAACCAUUGUUGAGUCCAUUCUACAGCUGCGCCUUAAGAAACCGCAAAGCCGCAUUCUUGUUGCAGCCGGUUCGAACUCGGCCUGCGACACUAUUGCCAUCAAACUGUGCGAGUACAUCACUGAUAAUCUUCUGCUCGUGCAGCACCAACAUCUCCUGGGGUAUAGGCCGCUGAUCCGAAUCUAUUCACGCACCAUAUUCAAGAAGGGACUGAAAUCGGUGCCGCCGCUGCUGUUGAAUAACUCCAAUUGCUCGGGCCAUGUCUACGAGCAUCUAAAAAUAGGGAAGGUGAUGGAGUAUUCAAUCAUUGUGGCCACACUGGUUACUGUGGGCCGCCUGGCUUACACUGGCUUUGGUAACUUCUUCACUCACAUAUUCAUCGACGAGGCCGGAGCCACCACCGAGCCGGAGACUUUAAUGGGCAUUGUGGAUGUUAAGCAGAGCAACGACUGUCAUGUGAUUCUGUCCGGAGACUACAAGCAGCUGGGUGCAGUGAUCAAAAGCGGCCGUGCUGGGUCCCUUGGCCUGAAUCACUCUCUCAUGGAGCGACUGCUGACUGGCUCCGAUUGCUACAAGCUGGACGAGAACGGCAACUACGAUCGCACCCUUCAGAUACGUCUGCGCCGUAACUAUCGCUCGCAUCCAGAGAUAGUACGCCUCUUCAACGAGCUCUACUACGAUGGUGAGCUGAUCGCACAGGCUGCGGACGCACAGGUCAAUGUAGCCGCCGAGUGGGAUGUGCUGCCCAAUGGCAAGUUUCCCAUCAUCUUUCAGGCCGCACACGGAGUUACCAAAAGGGACGAACACACCACCAGCUCGUUCAACUAUCUGGAGGCGCAGGUUCUCUGCUGGUAUGUGAAGCGCUUGCUCAAACAUGGCCUCGGCCCAAAUGUAGCUGUGAAGCAGGAGGACAUAGGCGUGGUGGCUCCAUACACGUCUCAGGGCAGCCUUAUAUGUCGAGUGCUGGAGCAGCAAGGCUUCGGCUCUGUGGAAGUUGGCAGCGUGGAGACCUACCAAGGCAGAGAGAAGCUCAUCAUAAUUGCCACGCUGGUGCGUUCCUUCAGCUCCAUGGGCUUCAUGAGUAACCCGCGACGCAUCAAUGUUCUCAUUUCGCGUGCCAAGGCGCUGCUCAUACUCAUUGGCAAUCCCGUCACUCUGCGCCACAAUCAUGACUUUAAGUUCAUCAUUGAUGAGUGCAUCAAACAUCAAACUUAUCUCUUCAAGAAGAAGAGUCCGAGUUUCACUCACUCGGAUGACGGCACAAAAGAGAACACUGCAAAUCCGCACAAUGCUACGCUUAAAGCCAAGAAAGUGAUGUCAGGAAUGGUAGGACCCUCCCUGUGCCCCAUUUGCGCCACAAUGAAUGGCUUAAAGAUAUCCUAGAGCUGCACUCUUCACCUCACUGACUUGAAUCAAACAGAAUCCUCUCAAGAUACCAUUUUACCAUUUACGCUUAUGAUUAUUAUAUUUCAAGUUUGUUCUGUAAACUGUGCCAUGUACGGUCAUGUUGCGGUCUGUGAGGCUAAUAAAAGUAGUCCAUUUAUUUCACUGUAAAUGAGAGGGAAAGAUUAUGUAUUAUUUGAUAAAUGUAUAAGAAUUGAGCAUAGAGAAAUUCCUCUGACCAAAUGGAGUAGUUCCCAUGAAUGAAUGUCAACCGUAUUGUGCAAGCAUUAUCAUUUAUAGUAUAUAUUUUAAGCAGUGUCUCUCUAUAUAUGUAAUUAGUAAUCAGAUUAAAAAGAAUACAAUACAAUGGAGUGGAGUGGAUCCGCCUGCGUUAAGUUUCCAACAUUUUUU